ACCUUUUCAAACAUUCUUGUUAUUUUGAACCUUUAUUGUUAAUUUAUUAAGACAUAAAAUUGGGAGAGGGCACUGAUUGCUGAGAUACAGGUAUAAUUCCUAGUUCAGCAAUCAGAGACUUCACAUAUUCACUGUAUAAUUAUCAAUAAAGCUUAUUAUUAUUAUUAUUAUUAAUGUUAAAAAUGACCUCAGAGAGCGACAGUGUUGAUCCGAGGAACUUAGCUUUGGAGCUAUUAACCGCUGGACUCUCAAAUAGAAUGUAACCCACAUUUUCCACUAUUCAAACCCAUGCAGGCUCUGCACGGAGAGCUGUCUGACAUCUAGAGAUGUUAAUUAAAAUAGCCGUAUCCUAUUAUAGCACUAGUGUCCAGUCUUAUUAGAUGUUUUUUUAGUCUGAAUACCUAUUGGUUAACGUCAUCAUCAUCAUCAUCCUCAUCAUCAUCCUGCGACGCUACAACCCAUACCGUGGGUCUAGGCUUCCUCAAAACUCCUCUUCCAUUUCACUCAGUCUCCAAUAUGUUAACAGUUUGGUUAGCCAGUAGGAAUAGUUAGGUAAGGUAAUAGGAGCUUACCAAGCUUGCCUGCAAUCAGAGUGGGUAACCCAGAAAGAACCACUGUCCUUACGUACCUAAAGGGGAGUGCAACAAUGGGUUCAGGUUUAUCCAUUCUGCACUGUGACAUAGAGGUGCUUAAAACUUGAAUUACUCAUGAACAUAUACAAAACAAUUCUUUAUAGGCAUUCCUAACAGCUUAAAAUAAAUGUUGACUCAAUUAAAAAAUGUAUAUCUUGACUUUAAAAUAUUUGUCCUGUGCGAAAAUCAAACCUUUUGAAUCAAACACGUCCAUGAGGCAAACUAUUAUCAUAUCUCUUAUUAUUUAAUAACAUAUUUAAAUCAUUACUUUCUUAAUAUUGCAUGUUUAAUAUUUAAUAUUAAUAAUAUUUAAAGGCUUCUUUCAUAUUUUAGGCAACUAGAAACUGAUAAUGAAGUUGCAAUGUCAGCUUUAGAAUGUGCAGAGGUUUUCCUGACAGUAUGCGGAGUAUUCUUAAAGCCAACAACGCAUAAGGUAUUUAUGAAAAUAAAAAUUAUAUUCGUUUCACACAUUACAGCUUAUCAAAACAACCGCCGGUCAUUACUAUACUAUAGCUUACACGCUUGGCGCCAACCUGUAACUGUAGAUUUUUUAAUAUGUAAUUUGAAUUAUCGGGAAGAUAAUGCUGCCCUUUUCCUGUCCCUGUUAAAUUUCAAAGUCCAUACUGAAAUAAGUUGUAACGCAAUUUAUAACAUGAUUACGUAAGAUGAUAAAAAGUAGAUUAAACAAAUUCUAAAUAUUUUCUGAAAAUCGACUAAUAUAUUUUGAUUUUAUUUAAGACUAGCUGUUCCUCGCGACUUCGCCCGCGUGGAAUUUGUUACUUGAAUUUUAUAGCUUUUAAUUUUUUUUGCGCGGAAUCCUAACUACUUUUCUAAAAUAAAAGUAGCCAAAGUUACUCCUUAUAAUACCAGCUAUUUGCCAGUGAAAGUCCCGUCAAAAUCUGUCCAGCCGUUUCCGAGAUAGCUGUUCCCGCGACUUCGCUCGCGUGUUAGGGUUUUUAUGUUACUCCUAAUUACUCCUUAUGAAAUUAGCUAUAUGUUAGUGAAAGUCCCGUCAAAAUCGGUCCAGCCGUUUCGGAACAAACAGACAGACAAAAAUUUUAAAAAUUGUAUUUUAGUUAUAGGUACCGUAUUUACUUUCAUAUUAUGCAUUUAGUAAAAAACUAUAAUUUUGACAUUACAAACAGACAUUUCAAUUUUAUUUAUUUGUAUAGAUUUCUAACUUAUUAGAUCAGAAUCAAAUUUACAUAGGCUGUAAAAGUAACAUCAUAUUCUUUACUUCAAAAAAAGUUGGAUUUAAAAAAAAACCUUGGCAUUAUCACUGUCAAGCGUUAAAAAGGCGCCAAAUUAAAAUAACUUGAUGGAUAAAAUUGUUUUGUCAGGUGCCUUUCAUAAAUUAACUUUAUAAUAAUUAGUGUUUAGAUUAUUCAAUUAAAUAAAGCUAGUUAUCAUUUUAAUCGUAUUUAAAAAUGGUUGAUAAAUGACAAUUGUUAAUUUUUAUAUUUGUCCACUAACAGGUGUUUCAGGAUCAUUUCGUACGAGAGUGCUACAACUCUAACACGUAUUCAGAUGCGUACAUUUUGUCCUUGUUGCGUGUACUAGAAGCCUCCAGAAAGACUACGCCGUCCACUGUACCACCGCCGACACAAUAUUGUCUCCAUUUAUAUAGUGUGCUUUCGAACAAUCAGUGCAGAGAGAUAUCGAAAUUCUGCUCUCAAGCACUACUAGACAUAAGGUUACACUUACACUGUUCGCCGCCUUCACUUAACUUUGCAUUAGAAAUACGCCCAGAGAAGGAAAAGAUAAUAGAAAAGCAAAAGAGGAUAUCGGACAGAAAUAGAGCAGCAUUAGAAAAACUUUUAGGGCCUGACAGAAUGCCUGUACGAGUUAACGAAGAAGUAAUAACAAUUCCCGAUGAACCAUUAAGUAAAAAACCACGCCUAGAUGAUUCAUCAGAUAAAAUAAGUUUAAGCAGCGAAUCUGUGUGUUCCGUUGAAAUUUCUGAUGAGGUAACUGAAGCUCAAGAUAGUGAAGCACCAAAGGAGCUAGAACAAGAAAAGGAAAUUACUAACGAAUUAGAACCUGAAGAGACAGAUUCUAACGAAGCAGAACCUAAAGAGGUAGAUUCUAACGAAGCAGACCCUGAAGAGGUACAUUCUAAAGAAGCUGAACCUGAAGAGGUACAUUCUAAAGAAGCUGAACCUGAAGAGGUACAUUCUAACGAAGCUGAACCUGAAGAGGUAGAUUCUAACAAAAAUGCUUAUGACAAUGAAGUAACAAAUAUCAAGGAACUAGUUAUAGAGAAAGUUGAUGGAGAUGUAGGUGAAAGAGAAAUAGGAAGAACAGAAUCGAUUAUCACAGAAAAAACAGAGAAAAGUGAAGAAAGUGCAGAAUCUGAGAAAGAAACAAUAUAUGAAGCAAAAACGCAAAUACCACUGAGCACAUCACAUGAUGAAAUCGAUGAAGAGGAAAGAUCCUUAUCCAUGGAAGUUACUUAUGACUAUCCAAACACGGGAACUGAAAAGGUUACAGUCUUAGAAAAGAUGGACGACGAAAAUCUUCCAAGUACAAAUGAUACUGAUGAUGUCCAAAUAACUUGCGGGCAAGCCGUUGUAACAUCUCAAGAAAUCGAUUUAGAAAAUAAACCUAAGGAAAAUGAAGGAAAAUUGCCUGAUAUUGAAAUGAAAGUUAAUGGAAUAGACACAAAAGAUGUUGUUUCUAAUGGUGAUGUAAACGAGCAAGACACCAUAGUACCAGUUAACAAUUCAGAUAAAUUAUCUAAAUCUGAUGACAUUUCUAUCGCAGACAUGAUGGCCGAUUUUGUAGAUGAAGUCAACGAACAAAAUGUUUAAGCAUCUAUAUUUUGUUCAUUUUUUUUAGUAUUAAGCUAAUGGAUAUUGUGCCAAGAAUAAAUGAUAUUUGCUUUUCAAUUCCA